GGCGUGGAGGAAGACCCGCCUGGGAGUGGACCAUCAGCGAAAGUUCCCCUUUGCACCCGUCGGCUUAACCUUCUCUGGUCAGGGUCUAGGGGCGCAUAUAUAAAGGGGGGUCGCACCAUGUGGCAUCAUCAGUUGCACUUCACCAGCCAUGAAGACCACGAGAACCUCCUUACUAUUGCUGGCGUUAUGCGCGCUCAGCCACGCUGCUGAAGAGCCCAAGAAGGACAAAAGAGGGGUUGUCAGCAGCAACUAUGGCACCGGAAGCAGCACGUCGGCGAGUGCGUCUAUCGGCUCGGCGGGACUUUCAUCCGGUAGCCUGGGCUCCCACUCGGGACUGACCAGCGCCACCGUCGGAGGUCACUCCUCUGGACUUCUGACCCCCUCCUCCGGUCUUGGCUCUUACGGCCUGGGCAGUUACGGACUGGGAUCUUAUGGGCUGGGCGGAUACGGACUUGGUUCUUACGGCUACGGUGGUUAUGGCGGUUACGGACUUAAUGGACUUUCUGGCCUCUCGGGCUUCUCAGGACUUUCGGGACUCUCUGGGCUCUCCCUGGGUGGAGCCAACUUUGGAGGUGGAUUCGGAGAUUCAUUUUUAGGUUUUUCUGGUAACGGACUGGGCGCCGGCCUUGUUGGACGCACCACUGUCAAUACUGUGACCGUACCUCGCGCCUACCCUGUCCCUCAGCCCUACCCCGUGCAGGUCAACCAGCCCUACCCUGUCAGAGUUCCUCAGCCCUACCCCAUCAACGUUCCUCGUCCUUACCCCGUUCACGUCCCCCAGGCUGUUCCUGUCAGCGUACCCAGGCCGUACCCUGUUGAAGUUCCCCGCCCUUACCCCGUUAGGGUCCCAUAUCCUCAAGCCGUCCACGUACCUAAGCCUGUCCCAGUGUCCGUUCCUCACCCGGUGCCUGUUGCCGUUCCCAAACCAGUGGCUGUUCCCGUUCCUCAAGCUGUGCCUGUUGCCCGACCCGUGGCUGUUGGAGUGAGCGGAGGCUCUUUCUCUGGCGCUUCAUUUGGCGGAUCUUCUCUCGGCGGAGCAUCCUACGGUAGCGGUUCUUACGACGGAGGCCUUUCAAGCAGCGGUCUUUCCACCUCAGCUGGAAUUCCCACAACUGGACUUCUGACACACGAUUCUUCUUUCGGCUCUUCCUACGGCGGAUCGUCCUAUGGCGGCGGCUCUGGAUUCGGCUCAUCCCUUGGAUCCUCCUACGGCUCUGGAUUUGGAUCAUCCCUUGGCUCAUCCCUCGGCUCGUCUUUUGGACAUGGAUCAUCCCUCUCUGGGUCCUAUGGCUCCCCAUCAAUCUCUUCCUCCUACGGAACUCCCUCAAUCUCUUCGUCCUAUGGAAGUCCUUCCAUUUCUUCCUCUUAUGGAUCUCCUUCAAUUUCUUCCUCAUACGGAAGUCCUUCCAUCUCUUCAUCUUACGGAAGUCCUUCCAUCUCUUCUUCCUACGGAAGUCCUUCCCUCUCCUCGUCCUACGGCAGCCCUUCAAUCGGCGGACACGGUUCCUCCUACUCGUCCGGCAGCCUCUCCUCUGGAUCCCUGUCCAGCAGCUACGGCGCCCCCUCAAAAUACAGUAGUCUAACAAAUCAAAUGCAUCACAGCACCACUGCAUCUCACAAGAUGAGGUUCCUGGUAUGCGCAGUCCUCUUGGUCGCACUGGCGACAGCAGAGGAGGCGGCCAAAGCCAAAGAAACUGGGGCCACCAUUGAAGUUCAAGCGGCCGCUUCAGACAAGAAGGAGAAGAGAGGAUUGGCCGGUGGAUUCGGCGGCGGCGGUGACCACGGCGGACUUGGUGGAGGCGAUGCUGGUGGUUUUGGAGGAGGUGACAUCGGAGGUGGCUCAAGCCUAGGCGGUGGAGGCGGCGGAUAUGGUGGCGGAGACUCCUCGGGCUACGGUGCUAGCGCCGGUGGCUACGGAGGCGAAUCUGGAGGCGGCUACGGUGGUUCUGGAGGCGGAGGCGGUUUCGGUGGUUCCGGUUCCGGAGGCGGCUUUGGCGGUGGCGCAGGAGGCGGAUUUGGAGGUGGAGACGAUGGUGGUGCUGGAGGAGCUGGAGGUGCCGGUGGUGCCGGAGGAGCUGGUGGAAAUGCUCCUGUUCGUGUGAUCACCACUACCCAGCACGUUAACGUUCCUCAGGCCGUGCCAAUUACGAUCAACAGACCCUAUCCAGUUGCUGUUCCCCAACCUUUCCCCGUUGCAGUUCCCAGACCAGUGCCAGUUUCAGUUCCUCAGGCUGUUCAAGUGACCAUUCCUCGUCCUUACCCCGUCCCCGUCGAUAGGCCUUACCCCGUUUCCAUUCCCCGUCCCAUUCCCGUUGCCGUUCCCAGGCCUGUGCCCAUUACUAUCCCCGUCGGACAACCUGUCCAAGUCCCGAAGCCUGUCCCUGUGAAUGUUCCUCAACCCUACAUCGUUGGAUCUCCUGUCGUCGUUGGCACCAACAAUAACGUCGGCCAGGUUGGAGGCGCUUUGGGAGGCGGCGGCGGCGGUGGAUUUGGAGGCGGUAACGGAGGCGGAUUCGGAGGCGGUGCUGGUGGAUUUGGAGGCGGCGGCUUCGGAGGUGGCCACGGAGGUUUCGGAGGUGGCUCUGGAGGCUUCGGAGGUGGUUCCGGAUUCGGCGGUGGUCACGGAGGCGGCGCUGGCGGAUUUGGUGGCAGUUCCGGAUUUGGCGGUGGCCACGGAGGCAGCUCUGGCGGAUUCGGAGGCGGCUCCGGAGGUGGACAUUCCAUCAGUCUGGGAGGAGGCGGCGGUGGCGCUGGAGGUGGCUAUGGAGGCAAGCACUAAUCCUAUUAAGCGCUGUCCAUUGAUUUGUGAGGGUGCGUGGUUCCUAUUUUCAAUGCAUAUUCCGCAAUCUAAUAUGUAUGUAUGACAUUAUAGCAUUCAAAAUGUUAUGCCACAGCAAUGAAAGACAAAAUGUGAUAAAAAAAAGAAUGCACCAAAAAAUCCAUGAUUUCAAGAAAAAUGUUUUGCGCCACAGAUGAUCAUUUAUUAAAAGUGCAUAUAGUCUUCAAUGUUCACUUGGAUAAAAUCGCGAUUGUUCUGAACAAUAAAUAAAAUGUUAACAAA